GAGCAUUUCAGAUUCAAUGAUCGGGUGUUUUGUCUUACAAAUUUUACUACAAGAAAUUAGUAUACUCAAGUUAUUGCCUUAAAUCGUAUUUGAAAUUCAAGUUACCAUACAAAUUGCAGAAAAUUUAUCCUGGAUAAUUUAUGUAAAUAGCUUUGGCAUAUGAAUAGGAGGAUUUUCUAAAAUAUAAACAUUCAGUUCUUAAGAUAGAAAAUUAAAAGCUAUCCAAAAUCAUCCUUUCACCAUUUAUCCAUUCAUCCAUUAGCCAUCCAUUGAAACUGAUCAACUAGUGAACAUACGAGCUCUUCAGCAUCUAUAUUUUGACCAUGGGUGGCAUAGUGGACACUAAAGCAUUAAAGUACACAUACAAGAUAGCAUUUUUUUUAUUGUUCUUUCAUGCCUUGCACGAAAAAGAAAGUAGGUGUGCUAUAAAGAGGGCAUUCAGCUUAGUUUUAGACCAACUUCGGCAUCUGAUUUAUGAGGUGUAGAUUCUGCACUGAAAGGCAAGCUGAACGAACCAGAGAGACACACUAGUUCAACUUCAUUAAAAUAAAGGGAAAAUGUAGGAGAGUUGUUUACCAAAGAUUCUGUUAUAAAGUAGGAAAAAUUGGCAAACCAUAUUAGCCAGCUGCCAACCUUUUGUUCGCAAUCUUCCCCUUUAUAAAUUAACCACGGCCUUUUCAUCCCCUACAAGCCGAAGAAAACAUUCUUCUCUCUACAUUUCUAAAUCAUUGUUGCCAAGAACUUUCAUAGAAUUGACCCAAUGGCAGUUAGAGGGAUGGAGGUUAUGUUUGCUAUAGCCCUUAUCGGAACUUUGUGGGCAGGAGCUAAGGCACAAUCAUCUUGCACCAAUGUGAUCAUAAGCAUGUCCCCAUGUUUGAACUACAUUACAGGAAACUCAUCGACCCCGUCUUCAUCAUGUUGUACACAGCUUGCGAAUGUUGUCAAGUCGCAGCCUCAAUGUCUAUGUGAGGUCGUCAAUGGCGGUGCCUCCUCACUUGGAGUCAAUGUUAAUCAGACUCAGGCUCUGGCCCUCCCUGGUGCUUGCAAUGUUCGAACUCCCUCUAUUGGCCGCUGUAAUGCCUCUUCGCCCACAGAUUCUCCAUCAGGAACACCAAAUUCUCCUCCUACAGGAAGUGGAUCUAAGACAGUACCAUCAACGGAUAAUGGAACAUCAGAUGCAAACUCUACGAAGUUGGCAAUGUCUCGACUCUUCUUCCUGCUCUUCAUCACGUCAUAUGCUUCGACCCUGGUCACCAUAUGAUCUCUUGCUACCAUUAGUACUGUUACUGUAACAUGGGAGUCCGAAUAUUCAUUUUCUUUUGGCAUGAGUGAGUCGUGCGCGUGUAAGAUAUAGCAUAAUUCUUUUGGGGGUGCAUUUUUGGAGUUGAUCAUAUGUAUACUCCUAUUACCAAUAAAUAAAAGAUUCUUGGUUUUUCA